GGAACAUGGGCUACUUAAUCAGCCCAUUGCACAUAAUAUCUGUCGGAAGCUAUAUUCGGAAAUUUUGAAUUUAGGGGUUUUCUGUAUUGUGUUUUGUUAUCGGAACAACUCAGGCUCUCCGAUUCGUCUCUCACAUCACUCGAAUCAUGGCGAACACUGCAACAAGGUCUUUUCUGCAAGUGGCGGUUACAGAGGAGGCCACACCGCCGCUCAGAGUCGUCCAGAUCGAAGGACUGGUUAUUUUGAAGAUAAUCAAGCACUGCAAGGAGUUAUCACCGGCUCUGGUUACUGGGCAGCUUCUUGGUUUGGACGUUGGUAGUGUUCUCGAAGUCACUAAUUGCUUCCCGUUCCCUAUUCGUGAGGAAGAUGAAGAGGUUGAAGCCGAAGGUGCUAAUUAUCAGCUUGAGAUGAUGAGAUGCCUGAGGGAGGUUAAUGUCGACAACAACACAGUUGGUUGGUAUCAAUCAACUUUGUUUGGCUCUUUCCAGACUGGGGAAUUGAUAGAGACUUUUAUGAAUUACCAGGAAAAUAUAAGACGAUGUGUCUGCAUCAUUUAUGACCCUUCAAGAGCUAAUCAAGGUGUCCUAGCUUUAAAGGCGCUGAAGCUUUCUGAUACCUUCAUGGAGCUCUAUCGUACAAAUAACUUCAAAGGGGAGAAGUUGAGAGAGAAAAAUCUUUCCUUUGUGGAUAUUUUUGAAGAGAUUCCUAUUAAGGUUUCAAAUUCUGCUCUAAUCAGCGCAUUUAUGACUGAGCUUGAGGCAGAUACUCCAGUCACCCAGUGUGAUUUUGAUAGAUUGCAAUUAUCAACCAGUCCAAUUUUAGAGAGAAAUGUGGAGUUUCUAAUAGAAUGCAUGGAUGACUUGUCAAUGGAACAACAAAAGUUCCAAUUCUACUACAGGAAUCUGUCUCGUCAGGAAGCACAGAAGCAGGCCUGGCUUCAGAAGAGAAGGGCUGAAAAUGCUGCGCGGAAGAAUGCAGGGGAAGAGCCAUUACCUGAGGAGGAUUCCACAAACCCUCUCUUCAAGCCUAUCCCCGAGCCAUCAAGAUUGGAUAGUUUCCUUGUAACAAAUCAAAUUGCAAAUUAUUGCAACCAAAUCAAUGGAGUGGCUGGCCAAAGCUUUAGCAGACUGUAUCUGAUGAAGGCACUACAUGAAAAGUAAACAAGGGUGCGCCCCUGUGGCGGGACGUGGUAUUCUAUCGUUGCUCAUGGUUGUUUGUAGCUUAGCAGACGAGGUGAGAAUUGUUCUGCAGCAUGAAGGUUCAAUAUUUGGAAAAUUCCUGGCAUAAUGGUUAUGAGAUACUGCUUGUUUGUGGAUGACAAUGCCAUCCUUGAGGUAUAGAAGAUCUUGUUAAUCGAUUAUUUUAUUUUCUGAUGUUAAGAUUUUGGAUCGAGGUUGCUAAAUCGUGUAUGUAUACUGUUUUUACGUUAUGACCUUAUCAUCUCCGUUAUCUUCUUGAGUA